AUGACAACAUUUGUCCCAUUCCCAACCCUGCCAUCAGAUCUCUACACUCUAGUCUCCAAACUCGGCUCUGGAUCGUCAGGAAACGUGUAUCUCGCCAAACUCAAUCCGACUAAAAACAAGGCAUUCAAGCCUGCAAGAAGGCCGGAACAAGUAGCUGUUAAAGUUGUAUUGAGAUCUGGUUUGAAGGUUAAGGGGGCUGAAGCUGGAGAGAGGAUCUUGCAGGAGGUUUCGAUACUCAAGAGAUUGUCGCAUCCUCAUAUCGUCAAGUUCGUUGAUGUUGAGUGGGACACACAGCACAUCCUCAUCCUCACAGAAUACUGUGAUCUCGGAAACCUCCAGGAAUAUCUAAACAGGAAACGAAACAAGAGGCUGCCUGAAUCGGAUGCUAAAGUGCUGUUUAGGCAAUUAGUUGCUGGGCUGCAUUUCUUGUGGACUAAUGGGCUGGUGCAUCGGGAUUUAAAACCUGCAAACUUACUACUUUCUGGAUCACCAGCAUCGCCAACCCUGAAAAUAGCUGAUUUUGGGAUAUCACAGUUUGAGGAUGCGAGUAAUGGUGUUAUGACUGAUAAAAUUGGAACUUUGUACAUGGCCCCAGAAGUCUUCACAGGCAUCUAUGACUCGCGCUGCGACUUAUGGAGUAUCGGGUGCAUAUAUUACGAAAUGCUAUCUGGAACACCACCAUUCGGCCACGCCACUUCCAAGGAUGCUAUAAUAUCUCACCUCAAAUCACCAACACCUGAAUGCAUCGCGCUACCACCAUCCAUUGAAUCAAAUACGUCACCCCAAGCAUCUGAAAUGAUUCGCAGACUGCUCACACGUAAUCCAGCAUCUCGAAUCACCUUCCGCGAACUGUUUGAGUCUACGUAUUUGGACUUGGAGCAUCUGCCAUCGCCUGAAUCUCUCGGUGUGGGUGUUGAGAUGGCGGCUGAGGCUUUGGCGCUUGAUAACCAAGUGUUUGCUUCGGACGCUGCGUCGAAAGCGCAGGUUAAGGAUGUAGAACAGAUUGAUAGAGUGGUGUGGCUGUAUGCUGAAGCUGUUGCGCAUUUGCUGGCACAUGUGCAGUGGGUUGGGAAUAGUAGUAAAGGUGGCGAAGGAGUCAAGAAACGGAUUGUAGAGUACAUACAGAGAGCUGAGGCUCUGAAAGAGGAGGCGCAGUUGAUGAGGAAUAGUGGUGGUGGUGCUGUACGUAGCGAAGUGGAUAAUAAGAGAAACUGGACACAGUGGAAUCGGCCUUCGCAACGGAGUAGUAAUAGCAUACCACCGUCAACACCACUAUCAUCCACAACGACACCAUCAGCUCUAUCAUCACAAGGACGCAUCGUUCUAGCCCAAGCGCAAGAACUUGUUGAUUCGGGACUGCCUGCAUCAGCGCUCCCCCUCUUUGAUGAAGGCCUUGGGUUUAUGAUACGCGCGCUUCAGCAGACUGGUAAUGGGAGUGAGAAGGAGAAGCUGAGAGGGCAGGUUGAUUAUUGGUUUGAUGUUGCGGAGAGGGUGAAGGAGGUGGUGCAUGGUGGUAGUGCUAGUAAUGGAGGUAGUAGAAGGGUUGGAAGUGCUGGGAAGAAGGAUAGUUUGAUUAAUAUUCACUAUCGGGCUUCUGUUGUGGAUGGGGGUGAGAGUUUAGAUGAGCACAGUGGUGGUGGGAGUACCAGUAAGGAUGGUUGUCUCACAAUGUAA